AUGCCAAAUAUUUUUUCUAAGCCUGAGGUAUGCAGUGCCUUUACAAGUGCUGGUGACUGUGAAAUAUGCAAGGAAAAGAGAUUGACACUUUGUACCCAAGAAAUAUCUGAUUGUAUUGAGGUGAACUAUGAAGAUGAAGAUGUGAAGGAACACAAGGACUUUAUAGAGAAUGUUGUAGAUGUUGUCUCAGAAGCAGUUGGCGAUUUGGAUCCUAGAUUUAAAACUCAUCCUAAACUAACAAAUGGAAGUUUCUACCAAGAAACAAAAGUUGAAAUUCCGAAUGAGUUUGACUUUUUAAAUCCAUUAAAUAUUUCUACAGAAAUUAGAGCAGGAGUACAAAAUACUAAAAAAGUCUUUAUCAACAAAAACAAUUAUCAUAUAUUCAAAUCUAGCGAGACAAAGCAAGACAGGGAGGAACUCCAUCCAUAUGAUGAUAUUCUUAAACCACUACAUAGAGCUGUCUCUGAAGCUUUAGAUGAGCUAGGUAAAGGAGAAUCCAGAUUUUUGUCACUUUUUGACCUCAAUUAUCUCACUAGCAGACUGGUGUACAGAGGAAAGCAAUUUGUUUACAAAGGUCAAUGUGACCUCAAGGCCAGUAAAAGGGAACUUUCAGAUUCGAAGAAUGUGGACCCAAGAACACUGGAGCUCAAUGAAGUAUUACUUGAUACCAAUACUGAUGGACCAUGUAUAACUCUGGCCAUUGGUGGACCACUCUGUGUCACAUAUGUGGAUAUGACAUUCUGUAUAGAAGAUAAGAGCGGAUAUAGGGGAGAAUGCUUUGUUCUGCCUCGGAAAAACUUAAAUGCAUGGAUACCUACUGAAUAUAUACCUGGAAAUAAGGAACUUGACAAACAUCACAGAAAGAUUUUGAUGAUUCUUAAAUACUGCUUAGUUGAGUGUAAAAAGUAUCAAUAUCGAUCAACAUACAAUUCCCAUGUAUUAAAGACUCUGGUCCUCCACCACCGUGACCAAUGUAAAGAUAGAACAUUACUAGACAGGUGUUUCAAUGAUGUAUCUCAAAAAGUAUUCAGACUUGGAACUGAGAGUGAUGAAGCAAAUAGUGAAGAUCUUAUCAUAAGUUCAAAGUGGUUGAAAAGUAUUUCCAAUUUUGGCUAUCCUGGUGGUGAUGUUAUUGAGGAAUCAGACAAUCUGAAACCUUGUGAUAUAUUAUUCACACUUGUACUCUACAUUCUAGUAGAGUUCAUGAAAUCUUCCCCAGAGGCAGUAAACUUGCUAGGUACUAGAGAGGCUCUGUCUAUUUGUCUACAAUUGAUCUGUAAAUACAGCAUGCAGCUGACAGACAUCCAUAUUACCAGUGACUCUGAGUUAAAAUACACUAGCAAUAUUACAAUGAAACGCAUUAAUAAUUGCAUCAGCCAACUUAGAGAUCUGAGACACAAAGGCAGUGAACUCAACAUUCUCUUAUCCUCUCCUCCAUUUCCUUAUGAACCGUAUUGGCCUGACCCUAACAACCCUAUUUGUAUCAGUCUUACAGGGGAUGUAGAGAUAAUAUCCAAGGAUAAAAUGUUGGAAGAGUGGGACAAGUGGAAGAAUUUGAUUACGAAGAAUCUAGAAUAUGAGAAACAAAGUAACACACAUCAAGGAGAAUUAAGACGCCAGGAGGAGAUUAAACGUCAAGAAGAAAUUAAAGUUCAGGAAGAGAUGAAAGAAGGGAUGAUCAGACAGGAGAAUAUCAGACAGAAGAUCAGACAGGAGGUGAUCAGAGAGAAGGAGAUCAGACAGAAGAUCUUACCGUGGGAGAGCUUCAUAAAAGUGGAUAUUGAUAUCAUAGCAUGGACGAUAUUAGAAAAGUACAUAGAAAUAAUUGGAGAUGGAACGGACAUACAAGAGAAGAUCAGACAUGAAAUAAUAGAGGAGAUGAGCCUCUACCUGAGCAGACAGAGGUGGCUCAAAAUAAUUUUUUAUGUUAUGCUCCCUACGUGA